AUGAACCAGUUUGCCGUUUUGCUUAUUACGUUAGUUCAGGUGGCGCAGCUUACAAGUGGCACUCAAUACAACGAUUGCGGCUCAACCAUGGGCUCACUGAGUGAGGUAAGCGUGACUCCAUGCGACAGCAGUCCGUGCAUAUUGUACAAGGGCGAGAACACUCGUGUGACAGUGAAAUUCACAACAAGUAGACGCAUCACGACCGGGACAUUCUUAUUUUCGGGAAUUAUUGACGGGCAAGAGAUACCGUUCAACCUGACGAAUUCCUACAUUUGUCCUUAUAUGCGACCCAGAUGUCCUCUCCGAGCCAAUGGAACCGUGUACACUUUCACUUAUUCACUACCUGUCCAGGCGUCAUAUCCAUCAGUGAGUUUGAAGUUGGAAACAAUGCAAGCAUUUAUUUGCCACUGA